CAGGACAGCAAAAUGACUCCAAAGCUCCUCUGCAUUUUAUUCUAGGGCACACUGUGCUUCUAAUCAUCAGCAUCCUGUAGAGAGCCCUUCUAAAGUUGGAAGCAAUGGAGAGAGCCUUCCUCGGUAAAACUGAGCUAAUGGCAUGAGCAGAUGAACCUACUACAAGAAGUCCUGUCCAUCUGCUCCGGAAACAUAUAGAUGCAGAACACAGUAGCAGGUGAAGAGUUGUCCUCUUGUUCAUGCAGCCAACCUGUGUUCCUGGCCAGUUGGUCCAAUUUGCAACAGUACACAGCUGAACCCCCAGAAAGAUGUUUCCGAGAGGGGAAGAUGGCAUCAGGUAAUCCCAGGGAACUGGAUCCAGGAAGUGAGCCUGCACAGAUAGGAGAGGGCAUUCUGGAAACUGAAUCCGUGUCACUGGCUGUAGGUGAAGGGUUCCCAAAUGAGAUUUCCCUCUCAUUUUCUGUCAAGAGUCGCUCUGGACAGGGCCUCAAUCCCCAGCUGCAAGAGACAGCAAGAAAGAAGUUGUGGGCCCUGGAAAAUGACGAUAAAGAUGUUAGUGCUCUUUUCAAGGAGCUUUCAGCCAGGCUGGUGUGCAUCCAGGCACAGGAGGAUCGCUUUUUGCUCUCCUUCAAGACUGUAGAAGAAAUCUGGAAGUUUUCAACAUACUUAGCACUCGGCUACGUGGCUUGCUGUUUGGAGAAUCUUCUCUUCACCCCAGAGUACUGGCUGAACUGUGCUCUGGUGGAGGACACCGAGAUCAGUGUAACUAUAGAUGAAGAUCACAUGGCCACCAUGUACCUGGGUCUUCUGCUCCAGGAAGGAAACUUCUUUGCCAGGGCAGUGUUCAAUGUCCUGGCAGAGGAAGACGAGGAGGAUUUGAAGCUCCACAAGAAUGAGCUAGUCCAUGUGAAAGACAUUGGGCAUGAAACUAAAUGGGAAGGGACAUCUCUCUUAACCGAUCAGAGGGGUCUGGUCCCUGUUACAACCAUAGAACCAUUGCCCCAUCCCUUCUACCAGUGGUUUCUGAAGAACUAUCCAAUGAGCUGCGGCAUCUCCAAACAAAUCAGUGGAGCUGACUCUUUGCAGACUGGCCAAGGGAGGUGCACAGCCACUGAGGAUCACAGAGGGAGCGGAUGGGACGAAUUGAGUUUCUGCAAAGGAGACAGGCUUGAGAUCAUUGGCUUUCUCAUUCCAGGCCUUCAAUGGUUUAUAGGGAAAUCCAUGACCAGCGGGACAAUAGGCUUUGUCCAAACCAAAUGUGUACAUCCUGAGACUUAUGAACCAACGAGAAAGAGCUCAAUAUUUUUCAGUGAAGAAGAAGUCACCUCCUUUCUCCAAGUGCCAUGCAAUGGCAGUGAGACACAUUACAGUAAUCUUCUCAGUGAAUGGGCACAGACAGAUAUCACCUCCGUCUACAGGCUUGAUGGCUUUGAACCUGUGGCAAUGUACCCACGAAUGUCGUCAGAUGCAGUUGUACAGGGACUUAAGGAUGGCUGGAUGUUUGAGGGUUGGGGGAAGCAGUCUAGCAGUAGUUUGCCCACUCCUAGUGAUUCCGAACAGUCUAGUCCACUGAGUGAAUCUUCACCUUCUACCCUGGAACACUUACUUCUGCCAGAACCAGAUGACUUUGAUGACCCCAAGUUCUUUGUGGACCUGAAUGCUGGGCACAUGGAAGAUUCUGAUGUGUUUGAUCCUAUAUUGACUUUCCUCAACCAAGAUGGCUAUGUGGCCCAUUUCCAGAGUCUCUAUGACCUCUCUUUUUCCUUCCUCAGUUCCACCUUCUAUGGCUUCUCCAGUGAGGAGGAGCUAGUCCUAUACCUAGAGACAUCCAGGAAUUGGGCCAAGAGGGGCCACCUUGCUUGGGCUCACAUCCGGAUAUGCUUUCUUUUGGGCCGUCUCUGUGUCAAGAAGGCCAAGUUCUCCCAAGCACGAGUCUAUUUUGAGGAAGCCAUGAGCAUGAUGGACAGGGGGUUUGAAGACCUGCCCCUGCUUGCCUCGUUGCACACAAACCUUGCGGCCAUUUACCUGAAGCAGAAGAUGAAGCAGAAGUUCUUAUCUAUGAUUGGUAAAGGGAUGGCCUUUUUGGCCUGCCUGCCUGGCCACUGCUUCAGUUCUGAAAAUGAGCUGGAGGUCAUGAUAUACAUUCUGAGAGAAGCCAUCACUGUUGGCAACACUACUUUAGAAGCUCGGGCCUGCUUCCUUGUUGUCAGGCUCUUCUUGCAGCUGGGCAAGUAUGAUGAGGUCCUGCCUUUUGCAGAACGCCUGCAGUUCCUGUGUGUCAGCUUAUCCAGCCAGAACUCCAGUCCACCCUCCUUAGAUACAUUGCCUAUCCUGUCUUACCUGUAUGACAAGAAGUACUUGCCACGCAUUGCGUUGGCGUCUGCCAGGCUCUUCUCCCCCAGCAACACCAAGGGGACACUGACUCCUAUUUGGAGAGCAGGAUUCAUCCUUGCAAAUGCCUCUAAGCUCCUCAACACCCAAGAGAAAAGCAGCAGCAUCCCUGCUCUGGCUUGCCUUUAUUUAAGCUCUGCCUUGGCCUUCUCCCAUGAAAAUGGAACCGUGUCCACAGAGAGAACCCUGUGUGCAGUUUUAUCCAAGAUGUACCUCACGCAUGGCAUAUUACAGGGAGCUGUGCAUUACUCCAACAGAGCCAUUGCCCUUGGCAAAGCCAUGGGUGAGGAGGAAGCUUUUGAAUCCUCCCUUUCCUUGGGCUGGAUGUAUGCUUUGAGCGGCGAGCCCAAAAAAGCAGCAGAGAUCAUGUUAUGCCUCCUGCGCUCUCUGCGACAGACGGACAGUGUUACACAGGACGGAGUUGUUCACAACCUUUUGGCCAUUGCUCUUAAAGGAGAAGGGCAGGUGCAGAAGGCCACAGAGAACUACUUAUGGGCCUUGAAUAAAGCCCGGGAGACGGGCAACAGGCGGAACCAAGCCAUUGCCUUGUCCAACUUUGGGUGCCUGGCUGUCUCUUGCAGGGCAAACCGCCUUGCAGAAUAUUACUUUCUCCAGGCUGUUAGGUUGUAUUUUGAACUCCAGGGCAGUGAUGAUGCACAGAUGGAGCUGGUGCAGGUUCUGCUGUGGUUGGCCCAGUCCCAGGUAGAGCGGCACAAGACUGAAGAGAGCAAACUGUUUUAUGAGCUGGCUUUGGCAAUUGCCUUGAAGACACACAGUGUGCUGGGUCAGCUUCGUGUCACUGAGUCCCUCUGCCAUUUUUAUAGCAAAGUGCAUCCAAAUACUGGAGCCUGCAUUAUCUAUCAUGAACACCAAGUUCUCCUAGCUCAGCAACUCCAGGACAGAGAAAUGGAAGGACAAGUCCUGCAGGUUCUCAGCCAGCUCUACCAGAGUUUACAUACAAGCAGAUCCUUGAAACAGGCCCUGGACUGUACCAAGCAGAGUCUGAGAAUCUUCAUUGACUUGGAGGAAACAGUCAAAGCAGCACAGGCCUGGCUACAGGCUGGGAGGCUCUACUAUCAAAUGCAAGAGGAUGAACUCGUGGAAAUGUAUUUGCAGGCAGCCAUACAGAUGCCACUGAAACUUAAGGAGCUGCACCUGGCCAUGGAACUGUAUGAAGAGGCUGGUGAUGUCUUUUUCAAUGGAAUCCACAACAGGCAACGAGCAGUGGAAUAUUACAGGGGAGGAGCUAUACCUCUAGCUAGGAAGCUGAAAGCCAUGCAGACGGAGCUGAGGAUAUUCAACAAGCUGACUGAGUUGCAGAUUGGACUCCAGAAUUAUGAGAAUGCUUUGGAAUGUGCUACCUUGGCAGUCAGGCUCAGUGUGGAUGUAGGAGAUCAAUUGCAAGAACUGGUUGCCUUUCACCGACUAGCGACGGUGUAUUAUUUUCUGCAAAUGUAUGAAAUGGCUGAGGACUGCUACCUGAGGACGCUGUUGCUGCGCUCACCACUGUUGCAAGGUGCUCAGGAAGCCAUGUAUUAUUCCAAGGUUUACUGCCGCCUGGGAGAUCUGACCCUGCACAAAUUAAAGGAUGAACAAGAUGCAGCCGGCUACUUCCUCAUGGCCUUGGCUGCUGCCACUGAGCUUAGCGAUCAGACUUUGCAAGGCAGGAUUCAGGCCAGGUUGGCUCAAGUAUACAAUGCUUCCCAGGCAGAUAAGAGCCCAAGAGGGUGGACCACAUAUCGAGCCCGAUGGCUGAGUGAAAGAAGACAAGAUGUAUGAUAAAUCACCUUGUGGGACUCAAGAACUCAGGAGAAGCAAAGCAAAUGUUCUUACCUCACUGCCAAAGAGCUUCCAGAUGCUUCCUCGACCCAAAGUGAAGGGCAGGAUGAGGUGGUGCUUCAGCCUCCUGCAUUUUUAAUCUAGCGAUGAGAAAAUCUUAUUUGUUGCAGAUGGAUGCGCUUACAUGUAGGUUCAUGUGGCGUGGAUAAAAGGCAAAUCCACCAUCUUUUUAUCACCUAAUAUUUUAUCAGCAACAGCAGUCACCUAUGAAGAGAAAGAUCUAUUCACAUUUAAAGACCUCAUUAAGUAGACACUCACUGUGUAGGUGUGACUUAAAAGUAUAAAUUGAAAGCACAAAGUAGGAUGUAAACAAGAGUGACUUUGUUGGAAUGUGAGUGGGUCAGGCUUGGAAAUGCAUGGAGCUGGUCUCUGAAAAGAUGCACCCAGAGGAUGUUCAGUUUGUACCCAUUCAACCUCAGUGCCAAAUUGCAGAGUGUCCUUUCACAUGCCCUGUGAGCCCCGGCUGAGCAGAAGGCUCCCUGAGAGUGAAGGCAUUUCACUUGCAGGGGAUGUGUUUCUUUGCUCAUGCAUGUUUCAAGAUGUCCGUUAUCUAUGUUUAUAUUUAUUUCUGUUUUUUAUUGUUAUCUCUACUCUCAGAAAGUUUCCUGGUGAAAAUGAGCUGAAUUAAGACCACAAAAGUAUUCACAGCAAAGGCAGAAUGUAAGAUAGCAACAAGUGUUUACUAAAUAUGGCCGUAAAGAAUUCCCUCCCUGCCUUUCAUGAUGCCUGUAGUUGCCAAGUCUCCACUUCCCUAGUGCUGAGAGAUGAUGGAUCCUAUAUAUCUAAAGAAUAUGGGGCAUGGGUUGAAUUCCACUGGGACAGCAGAAACAGAAGGGCAACAAAGAUGAUUAGGGGACUAGAAACUCCUAUGAGGAAAGAUGGAAGGAACUGGGUAAGUUUAGCCUUGAGGAGAGAAGACUUAGGGGAGAUAUGAUUAACACUUUUCAAAUAGCUAAAGGGUUGACACACAGAAUAGGGCCACAGCCUGUUCUCUAUCAUCCAAGACUGCAGGACAUGAAAUAACAGGGGUAAGUUACAGGAAGGCAGAUUUCAGUUGAUUAUCAGGAAAAACUUACUAAUGGUCAGAGUAGUCAGACAGUGGAACCAACUUCCUGGGGAGUUGAUGAACUCUCGCCGGAGGUAUUUAAGCAAAGACUGGACACCAUCUGGCAGGGUGACUUCGAAAUGGAUUCCUGCACUGAUGAGAUGGUUAGACUUGAUGGCCUAAAUGGCCCCUUCCAGCACUGAUUCUAUUCUAUGCUUCUGUAACUUCCACAGUCAAUCACACCCUGUGGUCCUCUUCUGUUCUGCCCAUUCCAAUGUCUUGGGGCCUCGUAGCGUACAAAUAUCCAGAACUGUUUAGGGUUUUAAAUGGGAGGCUGAUUAGGACACCCCUUUGUUUGAUGCAUUAUGCCUGGUUUUUGCUACACCUUAGAUUAUUUCUGUGCAUGAAGCACCUUCCAGAGGAGUGCACAUCUGCCCUGUUAGGAGAUGCAUGAGCUGCUCCCACAUUUGGAGCAGAUGCAUCUUCUUAUGGUGUAGACACUAGUAAUAAUUAAGAUUUUGCAAAUGCAAACCCUCCCCCCCCACAAAAAACAUUGUGCAUUGUAGGUUCAUCCUUCUGCUGGUGAGACCCCAGGAGAACUCCCAUCUGUCUGCUUUAUAUCUGAAAAUUGAGCCUUUGCUGAAGCGCAUGACACUGAGUGGUAAGGGGCAUAUCAUGAAGGAAAUGGAGAAGUGGUAGUAGACGUAAUGAGGCCUUGCUGUCUUGUUGAAAACCCCUACUUGCCUAUACCAAAUGCUAUUAUGGAUCCGGAUAACAGUUCUGAACUGCACCAGUCACUACAAAGGACAGAUGCAGUCUUCCAAGUUGUGCUACAAAACAAAAGGUCUGAAGGCACCUAAACAGUUAAAUGGGGGGGGGGGGAGAGACCUCAAUGAUAGAACAUCUACUUUGCAUGCAGAAAGCCCCAGGCUCUGACCUUGGCAUCUUCAUUGAAAGGCUUUCAGAUAACAGAGCCGGGAACUGCCUGAGACCUUGGAGAGCCACUGCCAGUCAUCAUGCUGGACUAGGUGGACUAAUGGUCUGACUCAAUAUGUUUCCUAUGUUCAUAUAGGAUGUUGAGUGUUGUAGCACUGAUUUACCAGCUUGCAAUGUAUAUUUUUGCUUUUUCUUUGUACUGUAUCUCAUCUCACCACUAGAGGGCAAU